ACGUCACUUGUCAGUGCAUAAAAGUUAAAACCGCGGUUUUUGUAUUUUCAGUUUGUAUUUUUCUUGUUAUAUUGAAUUCUGAUAAUAUUUAAUGGUAGAUUAUUCUCAAUAAUGGCAGAAAAACUCGAAGAUUUAAAUUUACCGCUCACAGUGGUCACACGAAUCGUCAAAGAGGCUUUGCCCGAAGGAGUAUCUAUAUCGAAAGAGGCGCGAACGGGUUUGGCCAAAGCUGCCUCUGUUUUUGUACUAUACGUGACUUCUGCGGCUACUAAUAUUGUUAAGAACCAUAAAAGGAAAGCUUUAACCGGCCAGGAUGUGUUGGAAGCGAUGGCUGACAUAGAGUUUGAUAGAUUCAUGGAGCCUCUAAGAGAUGCCUUAGAACAAUACAAGAUUACGGCUUUCGCCAAAAAAACUGCUGCUGGCAAGAAGAAGGACGAAGAAGAUGUAGAAAUGGUUGAAGAAGAUGAAUAAUAAAAUGUUUUAGUUUUAAAUCUCGACAUGACCUUUGUGAUAUUAUGAAUUGUACUUUGUAAGUUAAACAUGGUUAAUAUUUUGUACAGUA